AUGGCAGAUCUGCAGCAAGAGCAUCAAAGAGAAAUUGAAGGUUUACUGAAGAACAUUCGACAGCUCAGCAGAGAGCUCUGUCUUCAAAUGCUUAUAAUUGACAACUUUAUACCUCAGGAUUACCAGGAAAUGAUUGAGAAUUAUGUUCACUGGAAUGAAGACAUUGGAGAAUGGCAGCUGAAAUGUGUGGCAUAUACUGGAAAUAACAUGCGAAAACAGACUCCUGUGGCAGAUAAGAAAGAAAAAGAUCCCUUUGAGGUGGACCUUUCCCAUGUAUAUCUAGCUUACACUGAAGAGAGCUUGAGACAGUCUUUGAUGAAACUAGAAAGACCAAGAACAUCAAAAGGAAGAUCAAGGCCCAAAACUGGCAGAAGGUUAGAACCACUGUGAAAUACUGUUUUGUGCCCAGCUUCAA